AUGGACAUCAAUUCACUCCUCUCACCGCAGGAUGCGAACUCACAAUCGGGGCGCCCAGCGCCUGCAACGGCGUCUUCUUCCGGUAGCACUACUCCUGCGCCUGGGCCAGCUCCCAAGCCUCUACGAAAGAGUCGCGCCGCUGCUGCAAACAGGCCCGUAAUGGCCUCAUCACCGCUCGCGCAACACGUCUACGCCCCUCCUUCCCGCGUCCCUGAACCUUCCCCGCCAUCGUCAAUGAGUCCAGUUGUGAACAUGGGAGGAAAAAGUGGCAGCGGGACACCCCCCACUGUAGAAAUGCAGAGCUCGCGGCAACCGUCCACCCCAGGCAUGGACACCCUUGCCGAUCUUGCCUCCAUGCAACAUCAUCAACCCCCGCGGCCGCGAGCCGCCAACCUACGAACCGAAUCCUACGAGAGUCAACUCUCACCAUCGACUAUGUAUCCGAAUGUCAACCAGAUCUCGCAUAACACACCGACUCCACGAUCGUCAUUUGAUAUUGCCAUGUCCGACGGUCCGAGGGAGAGCGCCCGGAGGAACUAUGCAGCCUCCUCGUUGCUCCCAGAUGCGCGACGAAUGGCGACGGAAUUAUUCGCCCGUAUCCACGUUAACCCCCAGUCCUACGAAGCGCACGUCAACUUCAUCCGCCUCCUACAUGACGGAUUCGUGAAUCACGUCUAUCCGCCGAACCACCCGGAGAUACAUAACGAUCCGCGGGACUACGAUUUACUCAAAGAUAUGAGGACUGCGCGAGAGGAGAUGGACAAGCUUUUUGCCAUGGGUGAAGACUUGUGGGCGGAGUGGAUCCAGGAUGAGAGUAUGCUGGCCACCUCGGUGAACGAACGCAUUGCAGUGAUGGAGCUCUGCCAACGAUCGAUCGAGGAAGAAUACGGCAGCACCAAGCUUUGGGCUAUUUACGGCGAAUGGGUGCUAUACCUGUAUAAUUCCGCUCAUGGUGACCCGAGUCAAAGCCACUGGUCGGAGGAGGAUAGGAUGAUUGGUCGUGAAGUCUUUACAUGGCAAAGCGUCUUGGAUACAUGGCAGAGAGGGGCUGACGCUACGCGGUGGAGGAUCAACGAUAGUCAUCUCGUUUGGGACCGCCUGCUAGAAUUCCAAGUGCGCGAUCUGUCUCGGAAUCCAUCUCAGGAUAAGAUCGCGCGAGUACGCGAACUGUUUGACAUCCGACUGCAGACCCCUCACGCCACAUGGGAUAACACAUUCCAGGCGUUCUCCAAUUUUAUCUCUACCUAUUAUAACGCGAACUACGAAAACAUAAUGGCCGAGACGGCAGGGAAAUAUGCCACUCCGGUCAAGGAUCAGUAUGCGGCCCGCGAGGAAUUCGAGUUUCGACUCCGUAAUGUGGCCAAGUCCGGCGACCGGGCUCAAGAGUGGUCACUAUAUGGCGAGUACGUUGAGUGGGAACUUAAUCGAAGCCGUCGGAGGCGCCAUACCAGCUUCGACCUCAUCAACGCGUUAUACCAAAGGGCGGUCCUGCGAUUCCAGACCGAUGCCAAUAUGUGGGAAGAUUAUAUUAUGUUUCUGAUCGAUGAAUCAAUGCACGGCAAUGCACACCCGACCACGAUCUCUGCGCUGGACCGGGCCACUCGCCACUGCCCUGGCUCCGGUACUUUGUGGUCGCAAUAUCUGCUCAGCUCUGAAAGGGAAGGACAGUCUUUCACGAAGAUUGCCGAUAUAAAGCACAAGGCCACGAGCACCGGUUUACUUGAUGUCGGCGGCAUGGAAGAGGUGCUGAAGGUGCAUACCGCAUGGUGCAGCUAUCUUCGUCGGCGGGCGUUCUUGUCCGAGGCAACCGACGAAGACCUGGACGUGGCCGAGGUAGGAAUUCGUUCUGCAAUAGAGAGCGUUCAGGAGCUUGGCGAGAAAAAAUACGGCCGCUCUUACGAAGGCGAUCCACUUUUCCGCCUGGAGCGUAUCUACAUCCGCUACCUGAGUGAAAGCGGCAGCUGGGACAGUGCUAGGGAAACAUUCAAGGGUCUUGUAGGACGCCGCGGCAACAGCUACGAGUUCUGGCUGACAUACUAUCACUGGGAAUUGGUUUCGUGGAGCAAGUUUGUGCAGGGUGAAGCUACCGUCGACGCUGCCCGCCGAACCCCUAACCCCAGCUUCGCUACGGCCGUUCUUAAGCAAGCCAUCAAACGGACCGACCUCGACUGGCCGGAAAAGAUCAUGACCGUCUAUGUUGCCCACUGCGAGGACUACGAAGACUCAGAGGAACUGCAGCUUGCAGUCCUGGAAACUCGAAAGGCGAUGCGGGCCAUCAACGCCCGCCGUCAGCGGGCAGCUCAUGAAGCCGCCGCUCAACAGGCUCAGCAAGUACCGGAGGCUGCGGCUGAAACCACAGAGGCUCCGCACUUGGAAAAGAGAAAGCGAGAAGAAGAAUCAACGGUGAACGGCCUUCCAGCAAAGAAACCGCGAGGAGAAACAGCACCAGCUGAAGCCGAGCCAGUCGCGCUUCGCCGUGAUCGUGAAAAUUCUACCGUUGUCGUUAAGAACUUGCCAAUGGGUGUCACUGAGCAUAAAGUGCGGCAAUUCUUCCGUGAUUGCGGUGUGAUCAAUGGCAUCAAGAUGAUGCCCGGAGAAGACGGAAACUCAGAGGUCGCCAUGAUCGAGUUCAAUACCCGAGACGACGCCGCCGCUGCGCAUACCCGUGACCAGAAGACUAUCGAUGGCAACACCAUCCAGGUCCAUUUUGGUUCCGAGACGACCUUGUUUGUCACCAACUUCCCCCCAACAGCCGAUGAGAACUACAUUCGGAACUUGUUUAGCCCAUAUGGCGAAAUUAUAGACAUUCGGUUCCCAUCGUUAAAGUAUAAUACACACCGACGGUUCUGUUACCUUCAGUUCAAAACAUCCGUAGCUGCACACAGUGCCCUUGCACUGGACCACUCAGCAGUUGGCAACGGCCUCCAUUUGGUUGUCAAAAUCUCCGAUCCUUCUCGCAAACAAGACCGCAAUGGUCCGAUAUACGAAGGGCGAGAGAUUCACGUCUCCAAUGUGAAUUGGAGCGCGAAGGAAGAGGAGCUGAAAGAAGUAUUCUCAAGGUUCGGUACGGUGGAAUUGGUCCGCAUUCCCAGGAAGGUCGACGGGGGCAGCAAGGGAUUUGGUUAUGUUGUUUUCAGUUCGAAAGAGGAUGCAGCUGCGGCGCUGGCGAUGCAUGAGCAAGAUUUCCGAGGACGCCCGCUCCACGUGAAGUUGUCUGCUCCCCAGGGCGCAAAACGUACCGCAGCAACUGUCGUGACACGGGUCGGUAAAUCACAGUCUCCAGCCCCGGAUGCCAAUGGCGCAUCGCCGUUAAAUGAUCUGGAGGAGCCGACUGGUGAGCGAAGGGACCGCACGCUUGGAUUGAUGAACGUUCCAGACACGGUGAACGAUGCGCGCAUCCGUGCUCUCGCCGAGCCAUAUGGGAGACUCGUCAAAGUCAUACUCCGUCCUGACCAUCAAGGCGCGAUUGUUGAGUAUGCGGAUGUCAACCACGCAGGUAAAGCCGCGCUGGAACUGGAAGGACAGGAGAUCUCGCCUGGGCGAAAACUCCACAUCGGAACAGUGGGGGAUAUGCUGAAGCAGUCUGCUGAGCGGAAAGCAUCUGGACAGGCAUCAAAGUCAAAGGACAAACCCAAGAGCUCAUUCCUUACCCCGACUGCGCCUAUCAAACGCCCGCCACAGCCUGGCGGGCGGAGUGGGAAGCGCGGGCACCUGGGGGUGAAGCGCGGGACAGCCCAGCAAACGAGUACCACGACGACAACGACCACGACCACGACGAAUGCCUCUGGCGAGGGGAGCAAGAACCGAAAGAGCAAUGACGACUUCCGUGCGAUGAUCCAGCGGAGUCAGGGGAAACCGGAAUCGGAAUCAGCAUCAUAA